AUGCAGACGACCGAGGAUACCAUGUUCAUGGAUCUUUCAGCGAAACGAGACCAGUUUGUGGCACGCACUCUCCUUGUGGAGUUAUUAGCGCAUCAAUUCUGUUACCCGGUACAAUGGAUUCAAACGCAGGAUUUGCUUCUUGGGUCUCGAAACACCGAGCGCAUAAUCGAACUGGGCCCCGGAAAUACGCUGGUGAAUAUGGCAAAGCGGACCAUCGGGCUCAAAUACGAAUCGAAAGACACGGCGCAGAAUAUGUCGAGACAAUUACUGACUUUCCAACAAAAUUUCGACAAGAUCUCUUACGACCAGAAAUUCGUGCAGCCGCCGGAAGUGCGCCAGGCACAGUCCUUCCAGUCGAAUUCAGAGCCCGUAAAGAGCGUAGCAGUUACUGCUCCUCCUCCGGAAGGCUCCAUUGUACCGCCGGCGACAUCCCCACCUCCCAACACCACACCUGCACCGACGCAAGAAGUUGAAGAUGCGCCGGCCAGCGUGGUGGAUAUUGUAUCUACGAUCACGUCAGUAGGGAUGAAAAAGCCCCUCGAUGGCUUUGACAUGUCCAAGUCUAUCAAGGCGUUAGCAGGAGGCAGGUCAACGCUCCAAAAUGAAAUCAUCGGCGACCUCGCCGCCGAGUUUGAUACGAUCCCCGAAGGAGCUGAAGACCUUCCUCUCGACGCGCUAUGCGCCAGCCUUCAGGCAACAUUUUCCGGCAGGCUCGGGAAGAAAUCGGCUUCGUUGAUCGACAAGAUGAUAUCUCAGAAGUCACCGGGGACUUUCCAGAAUGCCGGCAUCCGCAAGCAUCUCAAACAGCGGUGGGGGUUCGGACCAGGACGACAGGACAGCGUGCUUCUGUGGGCCGUCACUUCGCAACCGGACUUCAGGUUGAAGAACGAGGACGAGGCCAAGAUCUUCCUCGACAGCGUUGCGCAGAUCUAUAUCGCCAAGAACGGUCUCCAGCUUCCAGAUACGUCCAACGCCGGUGCGACAUCUGCUGGACAGACCACUAUCAGUGCGGAAGCCCUGGACUUCCUCGAGGCCAAACAGAAAACGGGUUUCACAGAGCAACUCAACAUCUAUUCCAGGCUUCUGGGCCUGGACUUGCAGGCCUCCGAGGUGGCUGUAGCCGCCUUGCGACAGCGGAUUGCCGAGCUCGAAAGCCAGCUAGAUCUCUGGAAUGCGGAACAUGGAGAGGUCUACGCCUCCGGCAUCAAACCCAUGUUCUCGGCCUUGAAGACGCGAACAUACGAUUCUUGGUGGAAUUGGGCGCUACAGGAUCUGUUGACCUUGGUUUCAAAGGUUCGGAUCGACCGCCUCAGGGAUGGAGACCAAGAGUACCAACUCCUCAAGCGAAGUCUGCAAAACCGGUCGCAUCCAAGACUGAUUGACGCCCUACAAUUCUUAGCAUCCCAGACUACGGAUCGUGACCUAGCGGAGAUCUUCAAACAGCUACAGAGCGAUUGCGAAGCAUCUUCUAAGCACAAGCCUGCUGCUUACCCUGACUCCAACUCCAUGGCUCCAGUCACGGUGAUUGACGAAACUGGGAAAAUAGUCUACAAAGAACGGCCAAGGUCUGCAGACACCGACGAAGACAACAAAUACAUUCGACUCGGGCGCAAAGGCCUGGAUAGGUGGGAGUACGAUGCAUCCCUGUCUUCCAAAUUGCAUCAAUCGCUCAAAGACGCCGAAUCAUCCGGCAUUACUCUGGCCGAAAAGACGGUCCUUAUCACUGGAGCAGGUGCAGGGUCCAUCGGAGCGGAGCUUGUCCGAUCUGUCCUCCAAGCAGGCGCCUACGUGAUAGUGACAUCAAGCUCCUACUCUCCCAAAGUCACCAAAUACUAUCAAGACGUGUACACGAGGUACGGUGCCCGAGGAUCGAAGCUCGUUUUGCUACCUUGCAACCAAGCCAGCGUUCAAGACAUUGAGGCCCUGGUGCAAUUCAUCUACGCCAAAGAUGGGUUGGCCGCGGAUCUCGAUUAUGUCGUUCCCUUCGCCGCCAUCUCAGAGGUCGGGCGAGAAAUGGACAAGUUGGAUUCUAAAUCCGAACUGGCCCAUCGGCUCAUGUUGACCAAUACGCUACGGUUGCUGGGCCUCGUCAAACAACAGAAAGAGUCUCACCGGAUCAUGACCAGACCUGCUCAGGUCAUCUUACCCCUGUCGCCCAAUCACGGAAUGUUUGGCGGCGACGGCUUGUACGCCGAGUCGAAACUUGGCUUGGAGUCUCUGUUCGAAAAGUGGCGCACCGAAAAUUGGAGCGAGUAUCUUACAAUAUGCGGAGCCAUUAUCGGAUGGACCAGAGGUACAGCGCUCAUGUCUGACAACGACAUUGUGGCAGAAGGGAUGGAGAAGCUCGGGAUGCGGACGUAUUCUCAGAAAGAAAUGGCAUUCAACAUCCUCACUUUGAUGAGCCCGUCCAUUCUGCCUCUGUCCGAGACGGACCCGUUGGUGGCUGACUUGAGCGGAGGCAUGGGCGGCGUGGCCAACCUCAAAGACGUGACUACAAACAUUCGGAACUCAAUCAACCAGACAAGCGAGGAAUGUCGAUCCAAGUCCAAGGAGGCUGCAUUUGAUGCUCAACCAAAGAGUGUAGAACCCCAGAUCGAAAGACAAGCCAACCUGGAGUUCAGCUUUCCUGACUUGCCAAGCUGGGAGACCGAAGUGGCGCCACUGGCCGAGCAGCUGGAGGGUAUGGUCGACCUCGAUCGAGUCGUGGUCAUCGCUGGAUUCGCCGAGGUUGGCCCCUGGGGCAAUGCCCGUGUUCGGUGGGACAUGGAAGCAAACGGGCGCCUGUCCACCGAGUCGUGCAUCGAACUUGCUUGGAUCAUGGGUUUGAUCAAGGCACACUCUGGGAUCGUCGACGGCCAGCCCUAUGCAGGUUGGCUUGACAAGGAGACGGGGAAGCCGAUCACGGAUCAAGGCAUCUCCGACAAGUAUGGAAAACACAUGCUCAAGCACGCCGGACUACGGCUCAUGGAGCCCAAAAAGGACAGUCCGCUCUGGAACGCAAGGGAGUCUCUGCAGGAGAUUGAGAUAUCGAAGGAUCACGAACCCUUUGAGGUUUCUGAAGACGCCGCGCUGGACUUGAAGAGGGCGCAUGGCGAACAUGUCCACCUUUCGCCAAACCCGGAGUCAGGCCAGGUCAAAGUCACGCUCAAGAAGGGCGCGAGGAUCAUGAUCCCAAAGCUGCUCCGCACCCAGCACACCGUGGGUGGACAGGUUCCGACGGGCUGGGACGCACGAACCUACGGUGUCCCCGACGACAUCAUCAGCCAGGUCGACCCUGUGACGCUCUACGGUCUGGUGUGUGCGGCCGAGGCGCUCCGGACGGCGGGGAUUCUGGAUCCGUACGAACUGUACCAGUACAUCCACGUUGCUGACGUGGCCAACUGUGUGGGGUCGGGCUUUGGAGGCGCGGCCAGCCUCCGCAAGAUGUUCCGGGGCCGAUACCAAGAUACUCCGGCGUCCAACGAUGUUCUGGCCGAAUCAUUCAUCAACUCCGGGAGUGCAUGGAUCAACAUGCUCCUGCUGUCCGCUGCGGGGCCGAACAAGACGCCGGUCGGGGCGUGCGCGACAUCGAUCGAAUCACUGGAUACGGGAUACGACCUGAUUGUGAACGGCAAGGCCAAGGCAUGUCUGGUUGGCGGAUUUGACGACAUGCUGAAAGAGAUCUCGGAAGAGUUCGCCAACCUCAAAGCCACGAUCAACGCGGACGAAGACGCCCUUCGCGGCCGCGAGCCCAAGGAGAUGAGCCGGCCGGCGACAUCGUCCAGAAAAGGAUUCGUGGAAUCCGAAGGCGCGGGGAUCCAGCUAGUCACCUCUGCCAGUCUAGCCUUGGAGAUGGGUCUGCCGAUCUAUGGAGUGGUGGCCUUGACAAACACCGCCAUGGACAAGGCUGGGAGAUCACUGCCUGCGCCCGGGCGUGGGAUUCUAGGCUCCGCAAUCCAGCAGCAUCACAAGUACGAGUCCGCCUUGAUGAACGUGGCAUACCGGAAGCGGGCUCUGAGAGCCAGACUCAACCAAGCCAAGGAGAUGCGCGAAUUGCAGCUAUCCUACCUCGAAGAGGAACUAGAGAACAUGAAACUCCAACACGUUGACAUUAACCUGGACGAGUAUCGCGAGCAACGCAUUUGCGGCAUCAAUUCCGAUUCUACGCGGGACGAGAAAGAAGCUCUCAACACGUACGGCAACCAGUUCUGGGUGCAUGACAGCUCGAUAGCGCCGAUCCGUGGCGCCCUCGCGGUCUGGGGCUUGAGCGUCGACGACAUCGACGUCAUCUCCUUCCACGGCACGUCUACCAAGGCCAACGAGAAGAACGAGGCGGCCGUGGUGCAAGAACAAUUGAAACACCUUGGCCGGAAGAAAGGGAAUGUCGUGGCCGGCGUUUUCCAGAAAUCGGUCACCGGUCAUCCCAAGGGCCCGGCCGGCGCAUGGAUGCUGAACGGUUGUCUCCAGAUGAUGGAGAGCGGGCUGGUGCCUGGAAACCGCAACGCAGACAAUAUCGAGGAUGCUCUGGAGAAGUUUGAUUUCUUGGUCUAUCCGAACAAAGGCGUCAAGAGGCAGGAAAUCAAGGCUUUUUCGGUCACGUCUUUCGGGUUCGGUCAGAAGGGCGCACAGGUCAUCGGCGUGCAUCCGAAAUAUCUCUACGCCACUAUGAAGAGGGACGACUUCCGGGCAUACGAAGGACGGCUCAGGAUCCGGGAGAAAAAGGCCAGUCGCAGCUUCCAUGAAGGCUUGUCUAACAACUCGGUGUUUGUGGCCAAGGAAAAGCCGCCGUAUGCCGCAUGCGAGGAGAUGAAGGUGUUGUUGGAUCCGGCUGUGAGACUGCCUAACAGUUUGUGA